AAUAGCUCGCUCCUUUCCGUUGACUAGUCAAGGAGCCAAUUUGAUUUGGACAUAUAAGCGUGGCUCACAUCCUUCUGGAGAAUGGCGCUGAUCUCAAUGCACAGAACAAGUUAGGAGCCAGCGUACUCACAAUGGCCUCCAGAGGUGGCCACGUCAGCAUGGUGAAGUUGUUGCUGGAAUCUGGAGCGUUCGUAGACAACUACGACCAUUUUAGUACAAGCUUACUGAGCAGCAGCAGCAGAGAGGACCUACCAGAUAUCACUCCGCUAAUGGCAGCUGCCCAGCAUGGACAUGAGGCAGUGGUGCAUCUGUUACUAGACUGGGGAGCUGACUGUAAUUACACUGUGAAGACCAUGGGCUGGAGUCCUUUAAUGCUGGCAGCUGUUAGUGGAAAAGUGAGCUUGGCCCAGCAGCUCAUGGACAAAGGUGCCAAUCCUGAUCAUCUGAACGUACUACAUAAAACGCCUUUUGAAAUCUCUGUUGGCUUCAAACACAAAGACAUGAAGGACUACCUGGAAUCUCUAACAACAAUCAGACCCCAGACAGAUACAGAAAAGAGGCAACCUGAUGUCUUUCAUGCUUUGAAAUUGGGAAACUUUCAGCUGGUUAAAGAGAUUGUUGAUGAAGACCCAAGUCAGGUCAAUAUGACUAAUGGUGAUGGCGCAUCUCCAUUAAUGAUUGCUGCUGUAACUGGACAGUUGCCCCUUGUCCAGCUCCUUGUUGAGAAAAAUGCAGAUGUUGACAAACAGGAUAAUGUUCAUUGCUGGACAGCACUAAUGCAGGCCACGUACCACGGGAACAAAGAAGUUGUAAAGUAUUUGUUAAAUCAAGGAGCUGAUGUCAAUCUGCGUGCCAAGAAUGGAUACACAGCUUUUGACCUGGUAAUGCUGCUGAAUGAUCCCGACACAGAACUUGUACGGUUGCUAGCAUCAGCAUGUAUGCAACUGGACAAAGACAAGAGUAAACUGAACAACAGAUCAUCUUUGCCUUGUUCCAGAAGUAGGCAUUCCUUAAAUGUUCCUAUGCUGCCAGAUGACAAAGGAGGAUUAAAGUCUUGGUGGAGCAGGAUGUCCAAUCGCUUCCGCAAGCUGAAGUUGACUCAGACGUUGCGUCAUGGAUUUUCUUCCAAUCAGUUUGUACCUUUUCCUGAUGAGCCUGAAUCUUCGUUAAAUGCCACCAUAAAAGCAGUUUCACAGAAUGAUGCGGACCCCUCUGGAAACCCUGAUGUUGCUGCAGCUCGGAUCACAAAUAACAAAGCUAGUGGUGUAAGCACUGUAAAAGGAGGAAAGGAUGAUGAAUUGUUGACAACCAUGUUGAGAAGUAGCGCUCCAUUUACUAGGCUGCCCAGUGAUAAACUGAAAGCAGUGAUUCCCCCUUUCUUACCACCUUCAAGUUUUGAGCUUUGGAGUUCUGACCGAACGCGAAUCAACAAAGAUGGUAAGGCUGAACAGAUGAGAACUGCCUGGCCGCAGAGAGCAAUCAAGCAUGAUUUUAACAGCAGUGGAAAUUCUGAUAUAACAUCUGUUAGCAAAGGUACUAGACCAGUCAAAUUGCCAACGUUUGCAAGAAGACCUGCGUCUCCUUCAAAUUCUAACAACUUCAAUCAUUCUCCCCAUUCUUCUGGUGGAUCCAAUAACAUUGCAGCGAUUAACAGACAUGGGGGAGAACUGCAUAACAGAUCAGGUGGCAGUGCAGAUAAUGUUUUGUCUCAAAUUGCAGCCCAAAGAAGAAAAGCAGCAGGCUUACCUGAACAGAAACCUAGCCAACAGCAUAGUCCAAUCCAGACAACUCCUUCAUCCACCCUGUCUGAUUUGCAGUGUACUCAAGUCGUUGGCAAUGGACAUGCUGUAAUGCAAAAACUGGAAGUGAAAAAAAGACCUCCAUCUGGGACUUCAUCUACAUCUAAAAGUACAUCACCGACUCUCACACCUUCCCCAUCACCCUCUCCGUCUCCUAAGGUUCACAACGCAGAGUCCUCUCUCUCUUCUUCUCACAGACAGGCCAAGAGCAAUGGUUCCAGCAGUGGUACUAUUACUGAAGAUGGUAACCAGUUGGUGGACCACCAGCAGCUUAUCCCUCUUCUGAGAACCAGUGAUGUAGAGAAUCAUGAAAGAAGAAACCAUGUGAGACUAAAAGGAGGCUGUGAAAACCUGGAGAAAGAUGAGCUGACUGGCAUCCUUAAAAAAUUGUCUCUUGAGAAAUAUCAGCCUAUUUUUGAGGAACAAGAGGUGGAUAUGGAAGCCUUCCUUACGCUUACUGAUGGUGAUCUGAAAGAGCUGGGUAUUAAAACUGAUGGGUCAAGGCAGCAAAUUCUGGCAGCUAUUUCUGAACUGAAUGCGGGAAAGGGACGAGAGAGACAGAUUUUACAAGAAACUAUCCACAACUUCCACUCUUCUUUUGAGAGUAGUGUUAGUAACACACGACCUCCUGGCAAUUCCCACUCACCUGGCUGCUCUGUAAAACCACAAGAAGCUGUUCCUCCUAGAAGGUAGCUACUGGGAAAAGAUCUUUUCUUAUGAUGAAUUCUGGGGCCUGGCUGAGUAAGUCCAAGUGUACAAAUGCAAAUUUGAAAAGUUGGUGCUAACUACACCAAUAAAGAACACGCAAGAACUUUCUGCAGUAAUGUCUGUAGUUCCAAUCCCACGAAGCAGCAAAGAAAAAUAAAAUGAGAUUGCUCAUAAAGUUCAGCCUAAAUGUUGAAAUAUUCAGUGCUUCACUGAUUUGGAUUCAAGGAGAACAAAGAAAGAAGAGCAGGAAGAGUGAGAAGGUACGUUUAUUUUCAUUCUGCUCUUCAGAGGUGCCCAUAGAUGAUGAAACCAUAGGAGGCCUACAUGGAUACGCUCAAGAACAACAAGAUGAUGACAGUGAAAAUCACCACAAAUUACGAAAGCUUCUGCCUGUGGAUAUCUCUACACUGAGUAAGCCUCUGGAGUUUUCUGUGAAUACCAAUAAGAGUCCAAGUUUAAAAUGUAAUGGUUUCAUGAAAAAGAUAUAAUGGAAAGGUAAUGCUGUUUUCUUCAUUAACUGAAGUAUAUUUUAUCUAACCGAUAUUAAGAGGUUAGAAGGGCGGUAAAAGGAAAUAUGAAAUACUUAUUUGUAAAAAUAGCACUUUAUUUAAGCAAACACGUAAUCUGUCACCAUUAUUUAAACAGGAAUAGUGUUAAAAUAUUUUAUAUUGUUGAUCUCUUGUUUUGAGAAUAAAACCAUUUAACUGAUUUCAACUUUUUUUGAACAGUAACGCUAGCAGGUCAUCAAAAUAUAUUUGUCUGACUUUAUUUUUAUAAGUCUGAAAGGACAAGUACAGUAAUUACGUGUGGAAGUAAUUUUCUGCUUAGUGUAUGCAAAUUGUUGUUGAGCAAUUAAAUACAAAUCAUCAGAAACAUCUGUUGUUUUUUUUUUUUUUAAUCUUUCUGAAAAGUUAGAAAUACAUGACUUUGUCGCUGGCUAAAUUCAAUGCGAGUCUGGGGGUGUGCUAAUGCAUGUAAAGUCAAGAUGAUC